CUCGACUGGGAGGUACUAAAAAAAGUACCUGUUGGCAGGUACCAGGUACUUUUUUUCGUAAUGGAAAACCAAAAAAGGCGAGGCGAGUCGAGUAGGUACCAUGUAAUGGAAAAGCGCCAUAAGGGAUGUUCUGCUCCUGUUUCCAGGACAGUGUGAGGUUCAAUCCAAAGCCAAAGCCUUGAAAGUGCUCUCCAACCAGAACACACUUUGUAUAACUGUCUAUCUGUGGCUAUGGUGAUUUCCACAAUUAAUAGUGUAUGGGUGAAAUAUUUUAACACAGCACUUGAAUGAAAUCAGUUUUGAUUAAUCAGAAACACAUUUAUUUGAUACAGUUUUUCUUUUGGAGUCUCUACAUAGAUGUAGAAAAAAAGGGCUUUUUAUUGUUAGUUGUGUUUGAGGUUAUAUUAACUAUAUCAAUCUUUUCUCUGCUCACUGUUACUUUUGAUUUCAUGAUACAGUGCACUUAAUAAAGUGAUUCUAAAAAUACUGCCAGUGUGGGAUGAAUCUUUUGGAUACAUGACAGGUUCCAGGGCUCAAAGUUCUCAGGCCGGCAUGGGGUGCACUUUUACAUUUAUAUAAUGCAUUAUUCAAUACAUUUUACACAAUUCCCACAGUGGAACAUUUCAGGCUCACAAAUGGUUUCUUGCUGUAAUCCCUUAAAUUCUCCAGGUUGAAAAGAAUUUUUGAAGCAGGUGAGGAAGUGGUAUAUUUGUUGUCCAACUUUGUUGACCAAAAAGAGAGAGAUAAAAAACCCUCUUUCUCUCUGUCCUUUCUUUUGUUGUCUCUCUACACUCCGAAAAGGAAUGCACUGUAUCAUUAUGACUCUUCAAAAACUGACAUGGUUGUCAUAAGGACAAUACUGUCACUCAAGUGAUUAAAAAUAUAUAUAUUUCUUAAUCACUUGAGUAAUAUCUGUAUCUGAUGCCCUUCACAAAUUUGACUUAGGUCACAUGAUUUGUGCUGUCAUAUAUAUAUAUGACCACAUGCUUUCAGUUCUGUAUAUGUGGAUUCAGUUUCUUGUCACUGCAGCAACCUUUAGGUACCACCUGGAUUAAAGACAGUUUCAUCUGGCUCCUGAUGUGAAUGUUACGAUACAUACUAUACCCAUCAUGGCUAUGUUGAAAAAUAUCCUCAUCCUUUGUCAGCUUCUUCCAUUAGUCAGGACCAUAAAUACCAUCUUCUUUCCAUGUGACACUGAUGUGAAUACCACCACAGUAGACUGCCAUGACAGAUCACUCAAGCAUGUCCUAUUCAUCAAGUCUACCACUGUAGUGUCAAUCAAUUUAAAUCGGACUAAGAUACAGCAAGUGGGGCAGCAUGCUUUCUUAGGUGUCCCAAACCUUCACACUCUAAAAAUAAUGGGGAAUUGUCAACCGGGUAGCCCGAGAGCUUUGGAGGACCGCUCAUGCAAAAUGAAGAUCCACAAUGACGCCUUCAAGAACCUAUUGAAGCUUAAAUUUUUGUAUCUGUCAGGAAACAGCCUCACCUCUAUUCCUCGGUUACCUAAAAACCUGACAGUUCUUGACCUACAGAACAAUUGCAUUUUCAACAUUGCAGAACCUUUAAACACUCCACAUCUCAAAGAGCUCUACCUCAGCAAGAACUGCUAUUAUGCAAACCCUUGCAGCCAUUCCUUUUACAUCAACGAGAGUGUUUUCAGAGAGCUCUCUGAACUCAAAAACCUUACCUUGGGGUAUAAUAAUUUCACAGCUAUCCCUAAAGGAUUACCACCCUCACUGGAGAGUUUGGAUUUAAGAGAGAAUACAAUCACAGAGGUCUUAGAAGGAGCAUUUGCCAACCUGACUCUCCUCAAGAAUUUGAAUUUGGAGUGGAAUUGCCAGCGCUGUGACCAUGCAGCCAGGCCUUGCUUUCCUUGCCCACACAAUCUCCCUCUACGCCUACAUCCAAACUCAUUCUAUGCUGAGAACAGCUCCAUCGACUACCUAAGCCUAAGGGGAAACUCUCUAAAAACAUUUCCAGAGGGACUUUUCCGACCUUUGAAGAACUUAAAGCGGUUGGACCUCUCUGACAAUCUCCUGGCAUAUGCUAUACGUAAUGGCACCUUCUUUGCAGAGCUGGAGGGCCUCACUUGGAUUAGCCUUAUCUAUAACUAUGAACCACUGAAGACAUUUCCGUAUCUGAUCCUCUCCCCAUAUAUUGGCAAUAUGUCUCGUCUACAUUAUCUUCUUCUCAGCGGUAACUUUUUCCACAAGCUUUCAAGCAAGAGCCUUAAUGUUGUGUCCAAACUUCAAAAUCUAAUAAAACUAGAACUGAGAAUGAACUUCAUCAAUACCUUUAACUCGACAUCUCUGAAACGGUUACCGUUUCUCCUCGAUGUAGACCUUUCCCAAAACAUGCUUAAUUUCAUUCCGCGCUGCUCGUGUCUGUCAUCUGAGAUUGUGCCACAGGAAAGCUGUCAGAACCAGAACUUGCAUACACAUAAUUUUCCUGACCCACUAAUGCUGAUAGACCGAAAAGCUGCAUCUGGAAGUGAUAUGUGGGAAUCCACCCAGACAAACAGGCUGGACAUGGUGGAGGACAGUGUGCCACAAUUUAAAUCACUAUUUGAUUUCAAAAAUGAUUUCUGCCGCGGUAAACUGACGUUUGACCUGUCCCAAAAUGACAUUCUGUCUCUUACCAAAGAAGUGUUUGUAGGCAUGGAUAAUGCUGUUUGUUUAGACCUUUCCUUCAAUUACAUGAGCCAGGCAUUGAAGAGUGGCCUGUUUGAUAGCAUGAAAAAAUUAGUUUUUCUUAAUAUGUCAUACAAUAGACUUGAUUUUUAUUAUGGAGGCGCUUUCAGUGAGCUUAAUACCACUCUCAAGGUGUUGGACGUCAGUAACAAUGAAUUUCACUUCAAAAUGAAGGGCAUGGGUCAUAGUUUUGAAUUCCUUAAAAAUCUGACAAACUUGGAAGUUCUAAGUCUGGCAAACAAUGGCAUUGGGAUGCGAAUAGAUGAAAGGCUGAUCAGCAGCUCUUUGAAGUACCUUUACUUCUAUGGAAAUCACCUGGACAUUAUGUGGGAGUCUGAUAACAACAAGUACACUAAUUUCUUCCAAAACCUGACAAACCUCACCUACCUUGACAUCUCUAACAAUGAUCUGAAAUCAAUCCAACCAGAAUUGCUGUGUAACCUCCCAGAAAGCAUGGAAACCCUCAGUAUCCGCAACAAUCAGCUGAAGUAUUUCCCAUGGCAAAAUAUCUCAGCACUCAGCAAUUUAUGUCACCUGGACAUCAGUCAAAACCUUCUCUUUUAUUUGCCUAAUAAAGUCAUAGAAUUUGGAGCAAAUUUUUCUUUCUUGGACCUCAGUCACAAUCGCCUCAGUAUUAUUCCUGAGGAUUUCUUCAGCAUGGCGAAAUCCUUGCACUACCUGUAUCUCAGCCACAAUCAGAUCAAAACAUUAAACCAUCAGUUUCUCCCUGUCCUCUUUAAAAACGGAAGUGCCCUUCAGAAACUCACCCUGCAUAACAACCCCUUUAAAUGUGACUGUGACACAUCUUGGUUUGCAGACUUCUUGCGUUCUACUCCGGUACAGAUUCCCUAUCUCACAACAAAAGUACGCUGUGAUUACCCAGAGUCCCAACAGGGCGUGUUUGUACUGUCUAUGGACCAGCGUUCCUGCCAGGACAUAUAUGGUAGCUUAGCCUUCCUCGUCUGUUCCUUCCUGGCUGUGACUUUCACUGUUCUGCCGCUACUGAAGCAUCUCUAUGGCUGGGAUCUGUGGUAUUGCUUACAGGUACUUUGGGCAGGACAUAAGGGCUACUCCCAGCUCGCUGGUAGUGAUUCACAUUAUCACUACGAUGCUUUUGUGGUGUUUGACACCAUGAACGAGGCUGUGAGGGAUUGGGUCUACAAUGAGUUAAUGGUCAAUCUGGAGAACUCGGGUCACAGGAGGUUUUGUCUCUGUUUGGAGGAGAGGGACUGGAUUCCUGGACUUUCAUGUAUUGAAAAUCUCCAUAAUGCUGUGUACAGCAGUACGAAGACAGUGUUUGUGCUGUCCAGUGGUGCCACUGAUGGCAAGACGGUGAAUGGUGUGAUCCGCCAGGCUUUCUUCAUGGUUCAGCAGCGGCUUCUGGACGAGAAGGUGGAUUCAGCUGUGCUGGUGGUUUUGGAUGAGAUGUUUCCCAAACUGAAGUACCUUCAGCUGAGGAAACGGUUGUGCAAAAAGUCUGUGUUGUCCUGGCCGAGAAACCCAAGGGUUCAACCCCUUUUCUGGAACCGAAUGAGAAUGGCAUUGUCGUCAGAUAACCUCAAAUUCUAUGACAACAACAUGAGUGAAAGUUUUGUAUGACUUCCUUUUAACUGCUGAUAGAAAUCUCUUUGGUGAAAAAAGUCCUUCUUGUUAAGAAUCUUCCCAUUACCUCAUUUUGACAAAUUUGCUUCCCCCUUAAUUGUGUCACAUAAAAUGGUACUUAGUUAUGUUUUUCUUUUAUUGUAAUUAAAUGUAAUCACCCUUCCAUGCAUUGUAAAUAUUUAACUUUUCAAGAUUGUGUUCUUUUGUUUUAUCUAACAAAAUAUUACCUUGAUUCUUUAAUACUUGUCUUUACAUAGCUUUAGCCAGGAAGGGACAUGUUGCUAUUGUGUGCUGCAAAGUUAACCGAGACACUGUACAUUGUACAGUAUACAGUAUAAACAUUGAGACACUUAUAUUGGACUAUAGUAAUAAACUUGACUUGAUUCCA